UUGCAGCUUUAAGUCAGAUGGUGGGAGUGCGCCUGCUCUCUUACAUAUGUAUGAAGAGGAUCAUACUCCCCCACAUCCAGUCUGCCAGAGACAGGCUCAAAGGAGGAACAUUGAGCUGCUGCAGAGACCUGACAGCUGAGAGCUUAACACAUCUCUGGGGUAUAAAUACAGCAAGAGCCAGGGGCUAUCCAGUGCCCCCAUCCCUGCUCAUAUAUUAAUGAGGCCAGUAGCAGAGUGCUUGUAAUUUGGACUCGUGACAGGGUUCUGCUUGGACCUGGGACAUAUAUAUUUCAGUCAUCUGCACCCAGCAGAUUGCACAGGCUGAACAGAGAGGUGCUGUGCUCUCUUGCAACAAGCUGGAUUAUGCGUAUCACCACAAUGAAUAUUAUCUGAUGCAGCCAAUCUUGGCAGGAUUCAUUCAGUACUGGAAUAAUCAGGAUAUGCAAGAAUGAAGAGGUCCUGGCCAUUAUCAUGUUUGAAAGACUUGGCUGCUUCUCUCAGGACCCCCUAAGCAUCUAGACGUCCUGCUCGCACACACUUCCCAGAUUGUUACCUCCUCCCUUACGCCCCCGUGUGUUGUGUAGUCUAAGAGUGUAUCUUGUGCUGAAAUUCCAGACCUGAUAGAUCAAUAUAUCUACAGCACACCAUUAUCCAAAGCAACAAUGCACCCUGGCCAAUUUCUCCUCUGAAACAACAGCAUAAUAUUGGCAUCUUCCUCAGUAGACCAAGCUUAGAACAUGACCAACUUCUGAGUACCAUGCUAUGACCAUCACGGCCUUCUUUGCAAGAACCAAACUCUGACCACAGUCUUCUAAGGACCACAUUUAUUUAAUUCAUAAGUAUUACCAACCACCUUCUUCUUCAGUCUAGGAUGACACCUUGCCCAGCUUCUUCUCCCUCUUCAAUUUAACUUCACAACCUGCUCACCUUUUCUUCAAGACCUAUCUAAUACACUGUCCACCUCCUUCUCAAGACCAACUUUAUACUACUUCCCAGAGACACUGUAGCUCAUGAAUUGCAAUAAGAUGAGACUUGAGCGGUCCGGUGGAUUUUAUUCAGCUGCUGGCUUUAAUGACCUUACAUAAUAUCUGUUGUGUUGAUGCAAAUCUACACGAUCUGGUGUGGAGUGAUCCUCAAACUACAAUCAGGUCUAAAGUGCUUUUGAAGAUGAGACGCUUGGAUCUCUCCCUGGGGCAAUGAGCUGACACGCCAUCCUUCUGGGGACCCUAUUACAAAACCAUAUACCCAAAAUGUGAGCCGUCAAGAACACAUAUCAGCUCCUGAAUCAUGAAGGGGUUCAUCCUCUGGAUUAUCACACUCAUCCUGUGUGUAGCAGCUGCACAGAUGUGCCCCAAAAGAUGUCUGUGCCAGAACCUUGCCCCUUCCUUGGCAAUCCUGUGUGCCAAAACUGGACUCCUGUUUGUCCCUUCAGUAAUAGACCGGCGGACAGUGGAGCUGAGACUCACUGACAACUUCAUCACAGUGAUUCGCAGAAAAGACUUCACUAACAUGACCCGGCUUCUUCACCUCACACUGUCUAGAAACACCAUCAGCCACAUCACACCUUACACCUUUGCUGACCUUCGUGGGUUACGGGCCCUACACCUGGACAACAACCGUAUCCUUUCCAUGGGAGAUGAGCAGCUUAGAGGACUACAAAACCUGAGACAUCUUAUCCUCAGCAACAACCAACUCAGCAAUAUCACUCCAGGGUCAUUCCAGGAUUUUGUGAGCACCUUGGAAGAUCUGGACCUCUCUUACAACAAUCUGGCUCAGAUUCCCUGGCAGACCAUCUCGAAACUGACCAAUGUAAAUUCUAUGAGCCUUGAUCACAACUUGAUUGACUUUGUUCCUGGAGGUGUCUUCACUAACCUUCACAAACUGGCUAGGCUGGACAUGACAUCAAACAAACUGAAGACUAUCCCCCCAGAUCCUUUAUUCCUACGCAUCCCAGUCUAUGCCAAGUCCAAAGGGUCACCCCUCUCAUCGCUUGUCCUGGGGUUUGGGGGAAAUCCUUUGCACUGCAAUUGUGAACUGCUGUGGCUCAGACGGGUGACUAGGGAGGAUGACUUAGAAACCUGUGCAUCGCCCCCUAAUCUUUUAGGGAAAUAUUUCUGGAGUAUAGCGGAAGAAGAAUUCAUGUGUGACCCUCCCGUGGUCACCCACCACUCUCCUAACAACUGGGUCAUGGAGGGAGAGGCGGUUGUCCUGAAGUGCAAAGCUGUUGGUGACCCAGAGCCUUCCAUUCACUGGGUGUCACCAGAGGGAAAAGUUGUUUCAAAUUCCUCUCGAGCUGUCUCUUUUGAGAAUGGAACACUUGAGAUUGCCAUCACUACCAUCAGAGACAGUGGCUUGUUUACGUGCAUUGCCUCAAAUACUGCUGGGGAUGCCACAGCAGCUGUAGGGUUGACCGUGAGCCCCUUGCCUCACCCUGCCAAUGCCAGUCAACGGAUGCACAGACCAGAUAAGGGGCCUUCGGACAUCCUCACACAAGCUAAGCCCGGAGCAUCUAAUAAUGAAUCUAUCAGCCACCCAGAGCGAAGGGUGAUCACGGCAGAGCUGAGUCACAAGUCAGCUCUGAUACAGUGGUUUUUAGAUCUGAACAUACCUGGGAUUAGGAUGUAUCAAAUCCAGUACAACAGCUCCACAGAUGACAGUCUAAUUUACAGGAUGAUUCCCCCCAGUAACAGAAGCUUCUUGGUCAAUGACUUGGCUCCUGGACGUGAAUAUGAUCUCUGUGUCCUGGCUGUCUAUGAUGAUGGAAUGACCUCCCUGACUGCUACUCGUGUGGUGGGAUGUGUCCAGUUCAACACCAAGGAGGAGAGUGGACAGUGCCGGCCGCUCCAUACCCAGUUUCUAGGAGGCACCAUGAUUAUCAUCAUUGGAGGAAUCAUAGUAGCUUCAGUGCUGGUGUUCAUCAUCAUCCUUAUGAUCAGAUACAAAGUGUACAGUGGCCAGGAGGAAGGAGGCAAAGCCAGGGUCAGUAAUGUGUAUUCUCAAACCAAUGGGCAACAAGGCAUGGCCUGUGCCAAUUCCUGUGCCAAGUUGACAGGGGCUCCAGAGGAACUGCCAUUAAGUACAGAUUUCACCACAGAAGGAGAGGCGUCACCCGGCACAAAGCCAGCACAGAAUGCCUGUGAGCUGAGAAGCAGCACGUCCCGACAAGGUUUAACAAAUUCUACGGAGAAGAGGCAGUCUUGUGAGUGGACAGACAUCAACAUCUGAUGGAGCCUCUACCUAGGACGAAGAGUUGGCUGGUUGCGGAAUGCCGGAAGCCAUCGAAGAUAUCAGAGGGUUAAAAGCUGAUUCAUCGCGAAAGGGUUUGAACGCCUGACCCUCUCACCUGCAGCCGGAACGCUGUUACGGACUUGUUUCCAUGGAAAUGAGCUGGAUAAAGUUUUCUGACAGACCCCUCCUCCUCUUCUUUUCACAUUCUUAUAAACAUGGUCACCACCCCCAGAACAUGAAAAACUCUUUACCCCAGACUACCUUGGACAGUAAUGUUACCGAAUCCAUUUGUAAUUUCCACUAGUACUGAAAAUGUUUUCUAGAUUUUUAUAUAUAUUUUGUAACUCACCCAGAUAUUUUGUAAUAAAAUCUCUCCAGAA